GGAGGAAUAAAUGAUACGUGACUGCAUAACACCUUGAUAACUCAGUAAGUAUCAGAGAAAAGGAUCCACUUGAACAUACGUGAGACUUUCCUUGACCUUUAAAGCAGCGCGAAGGGAAGUUGUUCUCUAUUUUCCAAACUAAAUACGAUGGUCUAUUUUAGUGGGCCCUAAGGCUUAAGAUAGAUUAUUCUCAAUUUUUCUUAAUUUCGUAAGGUAUAUUCAGAGAGGAUUAUCGAUAUCCUGCGGUGAUUGCAACUGAUGAAAAAAAUGUGUCAACAAAGUGUCAACUAUUCUUGUUAUGGGGUUGGUUUAAGACCGCGCACAGCACUGUGCAAAAUUACUGACACCAACAUAUAUUGAAAAGUAGAACCUUAAAUGAGUGGUCAAAGAGAAGGCUAUUGACGACACUGAGAAGGCUUUGUUAACCCCUUCUCUCCCAAGGUCUAUUUAGUAAUUCUCCUUACUGUCUGCAAUGCAAUUCUUACAAUGUUAGCUCAUAGAACUUGGUAUUGGAUCGACUAAUAAUUCCUUAAUUGAUAUUUUUCUCUAUUCCCAUCAAUUUCCUGCUUGAUAUUGUAUUGAUAUUAUUAAGGAGAAAUUCUGCCUCAAUCACAGUCAUGGGAAUUACAGGGAAAACCUCCGGAGGGAGAGAGGCUUUCAGUCGUAGUCAUUUCAAUUCCCGUGGCGAUUUCAGUGAACCUGGUUUUGAAUAUAAUUGACUUUGUCUGGAUUACAUUCUUGAGCUAGUUAAUGGAAAUUAGAUAACCGUUUAUUCAAAAUUCCAUGCGGCAAAUAUCUCCCACUUUGAUAAUUUCUAGUUUUCUGGAGGGCAUGUACGCGUGUGUCGACAGAAGAGUUAAUAGAAUUUGUUAAAUUUCCUCCCCCACUCAAAGCGUUUGUGACGGUUGUCUACUAGUGAGGUCAAAGUUGAAAACAGUCAAUAAUGAGCGCAAGCAAAGUAGUUAUCAUGGUGGUUCGCGCACUGUGAAUACCAGAAAAAUAUUUUCAUUGUCGCAACUUUGGUAACUUGAUGAAAAGAAGAUCAAGCGGAACUACUCAAAAUUUUCAGGGUCCAAAAAAAAAAUUAUUCCCGUAAACCUUCUGCAUCCUUUCCAUAGAAUUUAAGUUAAGAUAUCAACAAUGAGAAGGAAUAACUUCCUACGACAAGAGCUCUUAUUCUUGUCAUUUUUAUCAUAUUUCCAUGGCUUCUUCUUCACCUAAGAAAGCAGCUUUUUCAGAGGGUUAUAAAAUAACAUUUAACUUAAAGGUUGUCGUUUUGAAAUAACCGAAAUUAUAGCGAGUGCCAGGGGUACUGGUAAUCGGCUUUUUGCUAUCUUUGACUGAUAACCUUUUAUUGUUCAACGGUGGAAGAUGUUUCUUUUGCGAUAAUCUUUCCCCGAGGAUUGUGAACAUACUGGAGAUACUCCGCCUCCGAGUUUUAAGUUCUUUUUCGAUGAGGAUAUACUCGAGAGCCAGCAAGCAAGCCUGUAGGCUGGCUAGCCGGCGCGUUUUUCCGCCAGCGGCAAGAUUUGAGACGAGUUGGGAGGGGUUUGGACUUAUUUUUAAAGUGCUAGACCCCUUGCUGACCUCUUGUCGUCGGAUACUUUCUGGCGGGUGAAGAAACACUCGUACCAAAGCACUUAUAAUGAGGGCCUGUUCGCAAAUUACUCUUGACGAAAUGAUAACCCUUUCCUUUUGGGUGCCUUCUUAAAACACUAGUUCGCUUAUUUUGGAUAGAAAUGAAAAAUGCUGAAAAGAUUGAUGGGCUGGUAGCUGUUACGAAGGUUUUUUCUCUUGUAUUACACUGGCUCGUUUUACUGCGUUUCAAGAACCUUAGUACUUUCGCGGUGACUUUUGAAUCCGUUACGUACAUUCACUUCGCCGUUCCUUUUUCAUGUCUAUCACUUUCCGUGUUCCGUUUUUAUUUUUAUUCCCCUUAAAACUUGAAUGUGCCUUUUUUAAUCUGGUGGCUUCUGCACUUAAAAUCAAUUUUAGACUUAAAUUGGAUAAAUCAAAUUAAAAAAAAAAAUUAACAGGAAAUUGCAUCGCUGGUGUGGCUCAGGACAACGCUGUGGUUUCCCCUUCAGGAUAUAUCGCCGAGAUCGUGUCAGAAGCCGGGAUGACGUUAAAAUCCCAUACAAAAAAGGAAAAAAAAACAAAGUGCGAAAGGCGGUGAGGGAUAAAUAACACCCAAGUACAUACGCGCCGACCGAAUGAGCACGAGAGAGAUGAGAGACAUUUUGUAGGCACAUGUCCUCUUGAAUUAUUAUUUUUGUUUGCCGUGAGUAAUCGCUGAUAGGCGCCUGCGCCGCGCGCUCCGUCCGUUUCCGGCCAAUUUUCGAAUAGAUGCGCUGAAGAAGUGAAGGGGGAAAAUACAAUGGUGGAUGUAUUUGAGACAAUUUUGUAAUGUAUUCCCUUUGUUACUUAAAUGCUAUUGAUGGUCCACUCGUCAAAAGUUUCUUGCAGAAAAUUGUAGUGAGAUUAAUAUCCAAUUAGAUGGCUACCCAAUUUGCAGGGUUGAGCAUGCCAAAUCAUUAGAUUUGAUUAUUGAUGACCGCCUUUCAUGGUCUAAUCACAUCAAAGAACUAUGCAGAAAGAUAUCCUCGGCAAUAGGUGCUCUGAGGUGCAUUAGGUCCCUCAUUUCUCAGUCCACUGCAGUACAAAUAUAUAACGCUUUAAUCCAACCUUAUUUCGAUUAUUGUGCCCCCGUUUGGGAUGGAUUGAGUUCUUAUCUAUGUGAGAAACUACAAAAAUUGCAAAACCGAGCAGCUAGGGUUAUUCUACAAGCCAACUGUGAGGUAAACUCAAGCCUGCUUCUUGAAACUUUGAAGUGGGACCAGCUAUCAUUAAGAAGAAGAAAGCAGAAAGCUAUAAUGAUGUUUAAAUCCCUCAACGGGUUAGCCCCAGUGUACUUGCAUGAUUUAUUCAGUGAACAACACACAGAUUAUGACUUGCGUGAUUCGUUCCGUAAGUUAAACUUACCCAAGCCGCGCACUGACUAUUUGAAACGUAGCUUUGGCUAUAGCGGUGCCUUACUGUGGAAUUCUCUUCCAGAGAAUAUUAGGGCGAUUAGAUCAAUUGGGCAGUUUAAGAAGGAAAUCAACCGCGCACUUGAAACAUUCGAUUCCCACUCGGCAAUCUUGUAAAUCAUUUUUUAUAGUUAUUUUAAAUUUUUACAGAUGGUUGUAAUUAAAAUACUAUUAGUAUAACUGAAGAUUCUUAACCGAGUUUAAAUAAAGAUCUACUACUACAACUACUAGUGAGACUCUUCCUUAGUUCCCAGGGCCCGCCUUGACGCAAUCGUUCCGGGGAAGGGUGGUUCCUGAUACUCUUCAUCAAAAUGGCGGCUCAGGGUAUGUGGAGAAGAUGGCCUAAAUGUCGAGAAGUGCUGUGGCCUUCACAUCGAUGGCAAGAGAGAGAAAUUCGGCCUCUGUGUAGGAGAUUUAGUAUAGAAACAAACGAAAUGGGUAAACGAUUUCCCUGGACUUUAUUGGGUUCAUUAGCUGUUGGUUUCUCCCUUGGAUAUCUGUUAUCCAGGCACAGAGAGAAUGAACUGGCUGGUAAUCGUAGCCUGACGGUUGCAGCAAAGACAAAAUUUCAGGAUGGGGUAAAUUCAGCCGAUUCUGGAUCACCCCCACGAUCUGCAACGUUCAACUUUAUUGCAGACGCUGUGGAAAAAGCUGCACCCGCUGUUGUGUACAUAGAAAUCACGGGACGACGCGCGGGAUUCGGGUUCAUGGGACACACAGGUCCCACUAGCUCGGGUUCUGGGUUUAUAGUAACUGAAGACGGUAUGCUUCUGACAAAUGCACACGUCGUAGAGAAUGCUGCAAAAGUGACUGUGAAGCUAAAGGAUGGAAGGGAAUUUAGUGGCAUUGUUGUAGAUCUUGACUUUGAAAAUGACCUGGCAGUCGUGCAGCUAGAGUCGGAUAAGGUACAAACUUAUCUAAAAUUUACAUUUUUAGGGUUGCGUUGCUUUUAGUGGAUAAUAGCUCAAGAAAUUUUCUCAAUAACAAACAAAAUUGCAUGAGUUGAUAGGGCCAGCAGUCUUUUAAAAUGUGUAUUAGUGCUUAUUAAUUCCAAAUUGCACAUGAAAAAUUGUGAUUACAUGUUGAUAACAUAAUAAAUUAUGCAGCGGCAAAGUGGGCUGAUAUAAUGUUUAGAUAAUAAUUUCUAGCCCUGCAAAUUUUAUAUGUGUUACUUGGCCACAAAAGUUGUGUUCAAUCAAACCAACAAUUUUCUUUAUGUUGAGACCCCAGCUGAAUAUUUACUACCCUUUUCUGGCCUGAAUAACCUCUCUUCUGCAUUGUGUUAACUGGAAACUGCAUUUUUUUUUCAGCCAAUCAGAGUGAUAACAUAACAAACAAACAAACAUGUAAGGUUUGUUUAUCAGUAUAUCUUAAUAAUAAGAUAAAUACUUCAUGCAGGCUCUCUCAUCUUUAUUCUAGAAUAUUAAAUUCCCAACACUUACCCUUGGUUCAUCAUCUACAAUUAGACCAGGAGAGUGGGUUGUAGCUAUGGGCAGCCCUCUCCAGCUCAGUAACACUAUAACAGCUGGGAUUGUCAGUACAGUGCAUCGUGCAGGUGGAGAGAUUGGACUUCCAAACCCAGAGAUGGAAUAUAUCCAGACAGAUGCAGCAAUAAAUGUAAUUUGAUUUCCAACAAAUGGAAGUUUUUACUUACAGUACAUGAUGUUGUUUUCAACUUUUUGUAAUCACUUUACUCUUAAAUCACUGUGGUAACCUUUCUUGGAUUUUAGGUGGUCAAAUGGUGACUUUGAAAAAAGUUAAGCUUGAAGCCUUGAGGAGCCAUAAAAAUUUUAUUUACACUUUGAUUAUCAGGCUGAUUUUAAGUUGAAUCUGUUUCUUUCUUAAGGUUGGAAACUCAGGAGGACCUCUGGUUAAUCUGGUGAGUAUUAAGACAUAGAGAAAAGAGUUUGAUGAUCUUGGAAGAAUCCUUAAGAUCAUGAACAAUAAUAUCAAUAAGAUUCCCUGUUCCAUGUUUUAUACCUUAAAUCAGAGAUCUUCACUUGGCUUUGUAUGAAUGGUCAUAUUUAUUAAAAAGAAGUUAAUUACUAUUUCAAGCCAUGUCUUUCUUUGUUUUAUGUAGAAUGAUAUCAUUUAGUCAUGUCGGUAAAACUCUACCAUUCCACCUCUUUUAUAAUGGUUAUGCUACUACCCUUUAUUGAAUCCUUUUUGUGUUCAUUUAUGUAUACUAACCAACUGCAGACCUGAAUGAACAUGAAUAUUUCCAUAGUCAUGGUGUUUUUUUUUCUUUUUCACUAAUGUUUCCUUUGCUCUCUACAUGUAGUUCAGUAAAACAGAGGAUAGAUUAAAAUUUUAAAAUGUAAACUACAAACGUCAUCACUACAAGGCUCUUCAUAUUAUUAUUAAGGAGAUUACAGUUUAUCUUACACCUCCUUCUUAGACACACACACAGCCUUGUCCCCAAUCACUUUGUAGUUGUCUAUGGCACACCAAAUCUUUCUUUAUUUUCCAAGUGCAAACCUUCAUUUCCAUAAACUCAUUACUGCAACCACCUUUCACCACCUCAACAAACUGAUUACCUUGUGUGCAUGCCUGAUGGUUUUACAUUGUAGGUAAAUUGAAUGGGCACUGCAUUUAUAACAUAAUUUUUUACUGUUAGUUGAGAUACCAGUUCCUGACAAGACUUUUGUUUUGUUUUAGGAUGGUCAUGUUAUUGGUAUCAAUGCAAUAACUGUAAGAUUUGCUAGUGGAAUUUCAUUUUCCAUACCUAUUGACACUGCUAAAGAGUUUCUAUCACAAGCAAUAGAGAGAUUUAAGAGUGGUAAACUCACACAGAACAAAAGUUUGAAGAGACAACUGGCUCCAUAUGAACGCUGGUAUAUUGGUGUCAGCAUGUUGACACUGACUCCACAGAUACUGGAGCAACUGCGGCGAAGGGACCAAAGUUUCAAUAAAGUGAAAUCUGGAGUGUUUAUUCCACAAGUUAACUAUGGAUCACCAGCACAUAGGUAGGAUUUUGAAAAAAUUGUUGGAUUAAAUCCUUCUCCAAAAAUUGUGGCUGAGGAAACUUGGCUUCUGAAUAAGCACCCUGAUUUUGUUUUUCAGCUGUGAAAUAGUGACUUCAUAUCUGCAAAAAUGCAGGAAUACAAUAAAUGGGGAAUUAUGGAACCGUGGAUAUACAGUCAGGGGUUUUGAGAACUAUACCAUCUUUGUUGGACUCGAAGCACAAAUUUAUUUGAUAUAGUGAGGCACAUUGGUCAGAACACAAUAUCCAGAUCAUGUAUUUUCAUGUCAAAAUUAUUCAUCUUUAAUUUGGAAGCCAUUUUAGGAAAGGUGCUAUGGCUUGAACUUCUUGUGCUCCAACUCACCUUUCACUUAGUUGUAGUGCUUGUUAUUCUGGGAUUAUAAAACUCAAGAAUAGGUUUUCUCUUUCAACCAUUCAAUUAUAAACCAGGAAGACUUUUUUACCUACAAUUGGAGAUGAAGGCAAAGAUUUUAUUUUAGACUAAUGCUUGAGAUACAUAUGAUUUUAAGAUGGUUUUAAUUAUUUCUUUCAGGGCUGGUGUGCUACCUGGUGAUAUAAUAACAAAAAUAAAUGGCAACAAAAUAGUGUCCAAUAAAGAAGUGUACCGACAUGUAAACAGAGGAGAAACCUUUGAGGUUGAAGUAAAGAGAGGGGAUAAGCAUCUCAAGUUCACCCUUGAACCUGAAGUUGUGGGGUAAAUUUUUGUUCAGGGCUUUUACAUCUGUCUUGGCACAUAAUAAAUUUGAUUAAUAUUAAAUUUCCUACAGUUCUUCACUUCACAAGCUGUCUAUUUAGGAAGCCCAGUGCAAGAAAAUAUCCAAAGGAUAACCAACUAGGCAACAUAAUUUCACACAUCUCACUCCCUAUCAACCAGUUCCAGAAACUCACUAGAGGAAGUUUCAAAACUACCAUAAAUUGGUAAAAUGAUUCAAAUAAAAAGCAAAUUAUGAGGGAAUGAGCUGUCACACAUGGUCAAUGUGUUUGGUAGUGCAUUGUAAGGCAGAAGACAACUAAAUUCAAAGCAGGUGCCUCAUCUUAAAAUGUGUAUCAUUUUAAGCCUUCUCACUACCAAAAGGAGAAAGUUGAUCUAUUCAAGGGGAGGAAGAGUGACUAAUCAAAGAAGAGCAGGAAGUUUCUACCACUACUCAAAGUGCGAUUUUAGAACACCUUUUCAAUAAACAAAUUCAAGAUCAAUAAAUGAAUCCAAAGUUUAUGAGUUUACACACUAAAAGACUUCCUUGAGAUUGGAAUCUUGAGUUUUGCAUACUUUUUCUAUGUACAGUUGUGCAUGUGAAAACGUAAUAGUAUACAUUUUUGCUAAAAAUGUGUUGCAAAACAGAAAAGACAUCACACAUGUUUGUCUUGUUCCUGGUAAACAUUUUUAUUACAAAUAUCUCCAACAGUUGAAGUACAUAAUAUAGUUG